AUUGUAUUUUCGAAGUCUACCUGUCGUGCGAAAUUUGAUUUUACGAGCACAGUUCCGCCUCGUUUUCACAAAGUUAAUUUGAUUUUUGAUAAAUCGACUGUCUAAUUUCUAGGUUUCCCUUAAACAUCAGGAAGUUUAAAGAACUACUAAGAAAAUGAGUGGGCGAGACGUUCUGUGUAACCCGCUCUACUAUGUCGAGGUGAUGCGACACAAGUACCCCGAGACACUGAAUGACUGGUGCUGCAUUGAGCUAUCCCACAGAUUAGAUUUCAGCGGAACUGAUGGCCUUGGUCAGGUCCUCAUGGGGAAGGUGGAUGUCAGGCAAGGGAAGACAAUCAUCAGGAAAUUCACCAGGCAUAAGAAGAAAGCAGCUGCCCUCCAGCCUCAAUUGACAAUAUUUGGUGCACCAUUGAGUGAGGAAAGUUACAGUAAAGCCAGACAGCUCAUUGACUAUUUGAAAGAUCAUGUGCAUGUCGAAGGGUUGUUCCGCAUCCCCGGGAACUCCCACCGUCAGCAGCGCCUCAAGGAAUUCCUCAGCAUGGGGAGAACCGUAGACCUAGAGAGCUCAGAGUUUACUCCCCAUGAUGCUGCCUGUGUCCUCAAAACCUUCCUGAGUGAGCUCCCAGAACCUCUCCUAACAGACAGACAUUAUGAAGCCCAUAUACAGGCUGCAGAGCUCACGUACAAGCUUGAGAUUCUUCCGCACCAAACGCCCGAGAUGCUUGGGAGGCUGAGAGCGACACGGACAACCUGUCAAGUGGGGGCGCUCCGCUACCUGUUCCUGAUGCUCCAACCGUGCACGUAUAAACUCCUUCGGGAUGUGAUGGAACUGCUGCACACCGUAGCAGCCAAUGAAGUUACAAACAAGAUGAAUGCCUCGAGUCUUGGCAUCCUCUUUGCACCCCAUGUCCUCUGGCCCAGAUUUUUGACCACAAAUGAUUUGAAGGAUCAAACUUACAUCAAUAAACUCAACUAUGCUGUUGAGUUCAUGAUCAGCUAUUACACCAGCAUCUUCAAGGUUCCAGACCAUAUGCUGAGAAAGUGUGAAUUAUUUGUCAAAAAUGGAGGCAAGCUACCAGAAGAUGAAGAGGAAGAUUUGUGCCAUCGAAGGUCCCAGUCUGAUGAUGAAUUGGAAUCAGAUCGGAGGUUACCCAUAAGCCACCCAGAGACAGAAUCAGUGACGAUCCACAAUAAAAUAGAUUACACUCGGGACGCCCUUGCUCAGCUGUAUGCAGACGUUCAGGCUAUGCCAGAGAGCUCCAAGAAACGCAAGCUCAUGAAGCAGGAUGAAUGUAGAAGCAUGGUUAACAAGUUUGUCCAGAACAGCUAUCUCCCCGGCACACCUACCAAAGUGAGAGACGAUGCGGUCCAGAUGGCCAAGACCCAAGAGCGGUCCCGGAAGCACCACAGACGGAGCAGAUCAGCUGGGGAUUUGCUUGUGAAGCAGCUAAGUACUCCGUUCAGCAGUCGCAAGAAGAGGCUUGCUCCUAAUCCACCCCCUCAAAAAGUUUUGCCGACGUCACGUUCUGUUGAGGAUGCAGAGUACGAGGAUGACCUGGUACAUGGCAUGAAUGACCUCAAUAGUUCAAGAGGAAGGAGAGAUAUGACACCAGGCAGUCCGUUUAGAAUGUCAAUGAAACACACAAAGGAAUUAAACAUCCCCUCACCUGCACCACGCACCCCAGGGUCCCACCGGCGUAACGCCACCCCUAGUGGCCGUCCGGCAUCUCAGAGUCAGAGGACCAAGCAGCCCCUCCCAUCCAGUAGAGAGCCCCGACCUAGCAAGCCAACAAACAGUAGUACUAGGAGACAAGUGCUCAAGCCCCAGAGUGAUAACAUCACUCCAACCCGCAAGGCACCGACCGCACCCCCAAAGAAGUACUCUCCCUAUAUCCCACCCCCAAGGAGCCAUUCUUCGCCAAAAGACUUGGAAUACACAGAUACAACAGAGAAUUCCACAAGGCGAGGUCUUCCUCAUCCCAGAGGCCACUCGUCCCCGAAGGAGAUGAUUCGAGGGACAUCAUCAAGGCAAUCACAUUCCAGAAGGACUCCGGUUCCUGCUCCUCGAACUAACACCCCACCUGUCUCCGUCACCAAACCAAGGAAACGACGGAGUGAUGGCACACCAGUUGAUAGUCCAUUGGUUGUAGAUAGUCGUGAUUACGGUUCAUCCUCACACAGACCAGUACCAAAACCAAGGAUAGUUGAUAAAAGGCAACUGCAUACCGCUGUUUGAGUA